GAUCGCAGAGCCCCCAUCGACAUCGCUUGCACAUCUCACUCACCACCAGCUGCUGCAGCCAUUCUCGCUGGACGCCUCCCCAGGCCCUCAGGCCUCAGUCUCAGUAGUCGACUCUUACGUGUGUGCCGAUUCGCCCUCGCAUUCCGGUCUGUCCUGUGCCGCCCACCGAUCUUUCUGUUUGUUUCGUCUGUCCGUCUAUGGCCUCCUCCGCCUCCACAUCGACAGACCCGUAUCUCGUCGUCGAAAAGUGCGGCUCGUCGAGGGUCGCAUGUCGUUCGGGGUUCAGACGUUCAGUGCUUUGUUUGUCUGUGUCUCUGGAGAGGGCAGGGUACCCAUUCUGCGACAAUGCGCGAAAUUCGAUGCAUGGACCUGGGCGACGAGGCGUUAGGAAGCCGCAAGGCCCAGGAAGGGGGAUGCACGCAGAUCCAGUUCUUCGACGAUAACACUGACCUACGGUGUGGGGGGUGUGGGAUGCUGUUCUCCAAGUUCUACCUCUCGAAGUCGUUCAUAGAGGUCCGAGGGCUGCCGUGACUCGGCCCUGUACGGAGCGCCGUAGUACCGUAUAAUAUCCGAAUAUUUGC